CCAUAUGACAUUUCAAGCGCUCGUGUAACAAGUUGAUUUUCUAUUCACAGUUUAAUGUUUGAUUUAUUCUGUUAACAGCAGUAGUAAUGUGUUAAUGUUAUUAAAUACACAGAAAAAGUUUGAUAAUUAAAAGACAACAAUUGUCCAGUGCAUUGUUGAUAAUACUGUAUCAAGUGUGAGUUUAAGAACAACCUAAACAUUUUACUUGUCAACGUUUUAGAAGCAUCAAGGAUUUUAAUUUUCAAUAGUCAAGCUCUUCACUAACAUAAACUUGUAAGUGCAUAAAAAUUUAAAGCUAAAAUGAUUUUGAUAAGGCGAAUCACACCUGUAUUAUUUCUUGUGAACUGUUAUUUGUAUAUCAACAAAGUAUUGGCCCAGUGUCCAACAGAAACUAGCUGUAUAUCUUGUGUAGAUGGAGGCUCAGCUUCUUGUGCUAAUGUGUGUCCGGACAGUAUCAACAUACCCGCUAAUACACGGGAAUUUCAACUAACAGCUCCAACUUGUGCUCAAUGGUCAUCAACUGGGAUGUUAAGGGCAGGUUAUCUGAACGUAAGCUUCUCAUCAAGUCUUCUUAAGCUUAACGUCUCUAGUACAGGUAUAAAAGCCAUAGCUGUAUCGCCAAACCCCAUUGCACAUAGUCCACCACCAUUUGAGCACAUGACAAACCUCAAGGUUCUGUCACUUGCACAUAAUACAAUUCCCAGAUUUCCUCAAACAACAUUUACAGGACUUGGUCAGCUGGAGGAGUUGGAUGCCAGCAACAAUGUAAUCGCCAUGUUACUUCCAGAUACUUUCAAGCCUUUGACUUCACUCAAGAACUUCAAUCUUGCACACAAUAAGCUAACAAAAUUGGACAGAUCAAGUUUUGAUGGCCUAACAAAAUUGGAAACUCUCGACAUAUCAUCCAACCCCAUCACAACUAUAGCAGGCGACACGUUUAGCUCAAUGAGCUUAAUCCAAUCCAUCCUGAUGAGAGACAUGAGCCUGACCAGCAUUAGCUCAGGUUUAUUCUCUAACCUCCACUCACUGAGGCACGUGGAUGCUUCAGGUAACCAGAUCACUUCUCUAGCAGACGACUGUCUGUCUGGCACAUCUCUAGAUCAACUUGACCUGUCGAACAACCAACUGACCAACAUACCAACCAAGGCCAUCCAACAAGCCAGCAACCAACCCAAGACACUGGACCUCAGCAACAAUAAAAUAACACAAUUCAGCCACCAAGAUAUGACAAGUCUUACAGUAGAGACUUUAGAUCUCAGUGGGAACCCGUUAGCUCAAAUUGUGGACGGUACUUUUGAUGGCUGUACUAUCAAACAUAUUGACCUCAGUAACACAGGGCUGACGUCACUUCCUGCUUCCAUGGAAUCUUGGCUGACCAGUGGUCCAACCAGUCUAAAGUUGGACAACCCCAACUGGUCAUGUGACUGCGAUAUGCUGUGGUUGGCUCGUCUUCUUUCUAAGAAAUCAUCCUAUACACCACCGACAUGUGGUUCAACCACAAAGUACUCGGGUACCACACUAUCAGCUGCUCUACCACAGAUGGAGAUUGACUGUCUAACAACAACCACAACCACCACAACGACUACAACAACAACAACCACGACAACACCAACAACCACAACCACCACUACACCAACAACGACCACACCGACUACCACUACGCCAACCACCACGACAACUACAACCACGACGACGCCUACUACUACUACAUCUACCACUACACCAACAACCACAACGCCAACAACCACAACUCCUACAACCACCACAACACCUACUACAACCACGACGCCAACUACCACAACACCAACAACAACCACCUCAACAACCACACUCGCGGCACCGAAGCCCCAAAACCCCCCAGCCCCUCCUGCCUCCAGCACCAACAGCACCAUCGUGGAGAUGAUGCCCAUUGUCCUGGCUGUGAUGGUGACCAUCGCCCUGUGUCUGGCAGUGGCAGGUCUCAUCGCAUCCUGCUACCUGUGUCGUAAAACCAACAAAGUCUCGGCACAAGCACAGGCUCAAGCCGUGCCACAAUAUGCCAUGUCGUAUAUGCCCGCCUAAUGCCCACCUUUACGCCAUGUCCUACAUCACAUGCCCGACUGAUGCCCAACUUUUUACUACGUGUUGCAGUAAAACAACGACGCUGUCAUAUCACUAUAUUUUAUACGCCAUACUGACGAGGAAUGAACUAAUGUGAAAUAAUUGUUAUGUUUUAAUUUAAUCUAAUUGUGUACAUAAAUGUGUGUAUAAGUGAGUACUCUAAAACCUAGUCAUCAUGUUCACAUAUUUCUAUCAUUACUACUUUAAUACAAUUGCUUAAUUAUAACACAUGCCAACAUAUUCUGUUUUAGUAACUAGCAUGUUUUACGUUUCACACAACACAUGCCAACAUGUUCUAGACUCCAUACGUUUUAUAUUUCAAAUACAAGAAACUUUAGUUAAAUAUACCACAUACAAUUGGUGUAUGUUCUAUUUAUUAUGAACAUAAAUGCACUCUAUUUGAUACGACUUUCUAACUUUAACAUAAAAAACACAUAUUUUCAAUGCUGACAUAUUAACACGACCCAUCCAUACAUCAUUUAAAAUAUACCAUGUUGAACUGUACUUAAAGUUACCGAACUACUCCUAGUCUUUCAUGCCUUAUCAUGCCUUAAUACAUGUUUUCUACAUGUUUUCUCGCUACUUUUAACGGUGCUGUAAUUGAAAAUCAUGGUGUAUAUAAUGACUGAUUGUAUUUUGUUUUUGUUUACUUCGAAAUUUGAAAAAAAAAUGCUCAUCUAAUAACUACAUAAAAAGUGCAAACAAUGUUUAAGGAAUAUUUUAAGUUUUAAGAUCAUUUUAUGCUUUAAUUUGUCGUUCUCAUAGUGCACUAAUGUGUAAAUACAAAAAUAAAACACGACUUAUUUAAAUUAAUCAAUACUGUUGUAUGCAAGGAAAAUAAUAUUUUAUCAAGUUCAAUUAAAGCGUGUUUCUAACUUUACUGUCAUUUUACUAUUUUUAUUUGAUCUCUACAAGCAUUAACUUUGUAUUUGUUAUUAUUACACGUCAAAAUUAUUCGAAAAAA